AUGUUCAUAGCCGAUGUGGCUAUCGCAGAAUACAUCGUGCUCAUAGCCGAUGUGCCUAUCACAGGAUAUAUCACGCUCAUAGCCGAUGUGCCUAUCACAGGAUAUAUCACGCUCAUAGCCGAUGUGCCUAUCGCAGAAUACAUCAUGCUCAUAGCCGAUGUGCCUAUCACAGGAUAUAUGAUGCCCAUAGCCGAUGUGCCUACCGCAGGAUACAUCAUGUUCAUAGUCGAUGUGGCUAUCGCAGAAUACAUCGUGCUCAUAGCCGAUGUGCCUAUCGCGGGAUAUAUCAUGGUCAUAGCCGAUGUGCCUAUCGCGGGAUAUAUCAUGCUCAUAGCCGAUGUGCCUAUCGCAGAAUACAUCAUGUUCAUAGCCGAUGUGACUAUAGCAGAAUACAUCGUGCACAUAGCCGAUGUGCCUAUCGCAGAAUACAUCAUGCUCAUAGCCGAUGUGCCUAUCACAGGAUAUAUGAUGCCCAUAGCCGAUGUGCCUACCGCAGGAUACAUCAUGUUCAUAGUCGAUGUGGCUAUCGCAGAAUACAUCGUGCUCAUAGCCGAUGUGCCUAUCGCGGGAUAUAUCAUGGUCAUAGCCGAUGUGCCUAUCGCGGGAUAUAUCAUGCUCAUAGCCGAUGUGCCUAUCGCAGAAUACAUCAUGUUCAUAGCCGAUGCGACUAUAGCAGAAUACAUCGUGCACAUAGCCGAUGUGCCUAUCGCAGAAUACAUCAUGCCCAUAGCCGAUGUGCCUAUCGCAGGAUAUACGAUGCUCAUAGCCGGUGUACCUAUCGCAGGAUAUAUCAUGUUCAUAGCCGAUGUGGCUAUCGCAGAAUACAUCGUGCUCAUAGCCGAUGUGACUAUAGCAGAAUACAUCGUGCUUAUAGCCGAUGUGACUAUAGCAGAAUACAUCGUGCUCAUAGCCGAUGUGCCUAUCGCAGAAUACAUCAUGCUUAUAGCCGAUGUGACUAUAGCAGAAUACAUCGUGCUCAUAGCCGAUGUGCCUAUCGCAGAAUACAUCAUGCCCAUAGCCGAUGUGCCUAUCGCAGGAUAUAUGAUGCUCAUAGCCGGUGUACCUAUCGCAGGAUAUAUCAUGUUCAUAGUCGAUGUGCCUAUCGCAGAAUACAUCAUGCUCAUAGCCGAUGUGCCUAUCGCAGAAUACAUCAUGCCCAUAGCCGAUGUGCCUAUCGCAGGAUAUAUGAUGCCCAUAGCCGGUGUACCUAUCGCAGGAUAUAUCAUGUUCAUAGCCGAUGUGGCUAUCGCAGAAUACAUUGUGCUCAUAGCCGCUGUGCCUAUCGCAGAAUACAUCAUGCUUAUAGCCGAUGUGCCUAUCGCAGGAUAUAUGACGCUCAUCGUCGAUGUACCUAUCGGAUGA